GCUUGCAAACCCCCUUUUCUUCUCAGGGAUUUCCUGCAGCCAGUCAGUCGUUUCCGGCCUGCGAUUUCCCUGCUGGCGGCUUCAGCUCAGACACACAGAAAAGCAAGACUCCCCGCUGCACUUUUAGAAAGCGAUUCACGGGUUUCUGGAAUCGACCCUUUUGAGGGGAGGAUACACUGCGCAUUGGCCUACUUGCUGAGAUCUUCAAGGAAGAAGCAGCGGACCCGGGUGGACCUCGCAGAGAAAGAAAAGAGCGCCGAGAAAGAAGAAAUGGAGAGAAAUCAUGGAAAGUCACUGGGCACGUUCGACUUGUCGCUCUUCUUUCCGAGGCCACACAACUUCGGACCGCGACCUAAAUGGACGGUGUUCUUCCCUGUCGUCUUCCUCUCCGUUCAUGUCGUCUUCCUCUUUCACCGACAGAACGCACACAACCUCUGGCUGCCUGCCUCACUCGCAAUGUGUCAGAACGCGUUCUACCAGUGGAUCCAGACGCCGAUGCUCUGAAAGACUCAAACAGGCUUUUCAUCUUGGAGACAGAGCUCCGGCGGACCGUGCAGCGAUGCCGUCGACGGCAGAGAACAGGAAGUGUACCUCCACUGGAUCUUCUUCGUCUCUUCCCUAUUUUGUCUUCUCUUCCGCGUCUUCCGCUCUCUCCUCUUCGUCUCUCGCUGCUCCCUCCUCUUCGGCAUCUUGUCUUUCGUGGGCUCGUUCUUCGUCCCUCCCUUCUUCCCUGCCUCGGGGGUUUCAUUCUCCCUCGUUCCGCGCUUCUUCUGCCUCUUCCUCCGCUGACUCUUCGUCAGCGACGAUGGGCCUCUCCUCCAGAGAAGCAUUCCACAGGGAGGACACCGCCGCGUGCGGCAGCGGGGUGGCCUCAAGACUUUCCCCAGGAAGAAGAGCCGAUCGCUCGCCGCGGUUCUCGUCUUGCGUCCACAGACCGAGUUCCCUGUUUUCUCGAGUUCGACGGUUCGCCUUGUGGCUUUCAUCUGCUCUUCGCGUACCUAAAACUGCGCGCGUCGUGCCUUGGGUUCUAGGGGAACGCGUCGUUCGCUUCCCGUUCCGGCUGUGUCUCCUCGCUUUUCUCUUCCUGAAUCUGUUUGACUCUGCGAGGGCUUCGAGUCUGGGAGUCAGCAACUCGUCUUUUCAUUGCCCGUGGGCCUUCCUCCCUUGUCUCUCAAACCACAAGCACGGUCUCCGUGACAGUAUGUAUGCUCUCAGACGUUCCGAACAAAUGUCUCCAGGACCUCGGUUUGUACGCUUGAACCCCUCUUCAGCUUACGCCCAUUUUUGGCCUGGCGCUCGGUGGUUCUCUCAGCCUUCGACUUGCUUUUCUCGCCCGUCGUCUUCCACUGUUUCCCUUUGCCCUUCUCCUCCUUCGCGCGUUUCGUCCGUCCUCGGAGAACAGACAGACCCCCUUUCGCGGCGAGCCGGUCUGCGUCUUUUGCCCGCUUCUGCUCUCCUCUGCGCAGCGUCUUCGCCCUCUCCGCCUCUCUUCUUUUUCGCUCUGUCUCGACUUCCUUCUUCGCGGGUCUUUUCCGCUUCCACGUCUUCCGCGCCUCUCUCUCCCUCUUCCUCGCCUUCUGCGGAGAAGGGAGAGAUAAAGGGGAAGUUCUUCAAGGUGACACUCAAGGCACUUGCCGGUAUUGAGGAGCUGAAGCGGAAACGCCGCGAAGCGACGGGGACAGGUCGCCCCUUUGUCAUUCGCCUAGGUGUGCGAUCAGGAGGAUGCAGCGGCCUGUCCUAUGUUCUGGACAUCGUCGAUGAGGCCAGCGUCACGGUAGCUGACCACCGUGAAGACUUCGAGGAAGCCGAUGGCUUUUCCAUCGUUGUCGAUCCUCAGUCACUUCUGUACGUCAUCGGCACCAAGCUGGACUACGCCGACGACCUGAUUGGCGGGGGUUUCAGGGUUAUCAACCCGAACGCGUCUCGGAGUUGCGGCUGUGGCAUGUCUUUUGGUGUCUCGAAAACUUUUGCCCAACAGGGUGGCAUCGACAGUAAACCCAAGAGUUGCUCGACAGAUCGGAAGUGACCCGGGUUGUCGAUGGUUGCUCUCUCUGUCUCGCGGUGAGUAAUUAGAAAACAGAGAUGCCCCGGUAUUAACCGCUUUUUUCCACCGCAUUUCAGCCUGUCUUCUGUUUCGCCUCAUUUUCUUUCGCAAGUCGAUCCUUCUUCCCCCAUUUGUCUCCUAUGCAUACAUACCUCUACGUAUAAACAGACAUACUUGUAUCUGUCAUCCUCAAUAUAUAUAUAUAUAUAUAUAUAUAUAUAUAUAUGCAUUCGGAUACUUUGUUUAGGGGUGUCACUCGUGCUUUUCGUGCUCAAGCCCGAAACACAGUUGGACUGAAAGAGAGAGAAAGAUGGCCUAUGGCUCGCUGCCUUCCAGUGUGGGGCUGGCACCCCCUACCAUGGACGAUUGAAAAGGCCCUUAAUUUCUUGGAAAACCGGCGCGGGA